CGGUUGUGCCCCACCGGGUAGCUUCAGUUCGUGAAGCUGGCACUUUCUCCCCCAGAUACCUUGAUUACGACAGCACGUUUGCCUUCCGACUUGAGCUGGACGACGAGGAAAAGACACAGCAACAGGUAAAAGUCAUAUUGCUAGUUGGGAAUUUGCCGACAAUCCCGGAUCGGAUUGACGCGUUCUCACUACUCAAACGCAAUGGCCGGGCAAGCUUCUCCAUCGCCUCGCAAACCGCGGGCGCGCAAAGCCAAAAAGAUCGUCGACAACGACCAAGAGCAGACGGUGCUCGCUGUUCGCAAAAAUGAAGCUCUCGUCCGUGUUCCGACGUUUCCCCUUGCGGCUUUUCUUUGGCCUGCUCGCGGGUCUCCUACACAAUGGGAGACACUCGCCCUCACCUUGAUGAUCGUUGGUGUCUUUAGAUGGGCUGCUGGCUUGUGGGGUUACUCGGGAUUCCACAAACCACCAUUAUUCGGGGACUACGAGGCACAGAGACAUUGGAUGGAAGUGACAACGCAACUUCCCAUCUCGCAAUGGUACUUUCACGACCUCCAGUGGUGGGGGCUUGACUACCCGCCCUUGACGGCUUACCACAGUUGGCUACUGGGCAAGAUUGGCUCUCUCAUCAACCCGGCUUGGUUUGCUCUGUUCAGCUCUCGUGGCUCGGAUGACCCGGUCCUCAAAAUCUUCAUGAGAGCCACCGUCCUUGUGUCCGAAUAUCUUAUAUACGUGCCUGCGACUGUGGUUUUCGUACGACGAUUUGGCAGGCUCGGUGGUGUUGAUAGGUGGUCGAGCUCGGUGGCCCUGGUGGCUAUCCUCAUGCAGCCGGGCCUUAUCCUCAUCGACCAUGUCCACUUCCAGUACAACACGGUUAUGCUCGGCUUUGUCCUGGCAAGCAUGUCAAGCAUGCUGGCUGGCAGGCUUCUCUGGGCCUCAGUUUUCUUCGUAGCUGCACUUGGCUUCAAGCAAAUGGCGCUCUACUACGCAUUUAGCAUCUUUGCUUACCUUUUGGGUGCCUGCGUCUUCCCGAAGCUAAAUCUGCCUAGGCUGCUUGCAAUCGCGGCUGUUACCGCGAUCUCAUUCGCGAUCCUGGUCUUGCCUCUAAUAAUCGGAGCCCUCUACGAUGCCCAACGCGGUAUCGACUCACGACCAGAUCUCGACGGCCCGCCUCCACCUCUACCUAUAUUCGGGUUCCUAUCCGAGUACUUGGACACAGACGCGGUGUACUAUCCAGUCGUCGAACAGAUGAUCCAGCUUAUUCACCGGGUCUUCCCCUUCGCCCGCGGGCUUUUCGAGGACAAGGUUGCCAACUUCUGGUGCGCAAUCAACGUCGUCUUCAAAUUACGCAAAUAUCCGGCCGCGCUUCUACAACAGGCCGCCCUGGGAGCAACACUUGCAGCCAUCGUUCCUCCUAACUUGAUCCUAUUCCUACGGCCACGCAAGGCACUGCUGCCAUCAGCUUUCGCAGCCACUGCUUGGGGAUUUUUCCUCUUUAGUUACCAGGUGCACGAGAAAAGUGUACUACUCCCGUUGAUGCCAAUGACUAUAAUGCUGGCGGGAAGCAAUGGGCUGGCCAGGGAAGUGAGGGCAUGGGUUGGCUUCGCGAACAUCCUGGGAGCAUGGACAAUGUUUCCAUUACUCCAAAGGGUUGACCUGAGGGUUCCCUACGUCGUCCUAACUCUGCUAUGGGCAUACCUCCUGGGUCUCCCGCCGACCUCGACGAGCGCUUACUUUGACGACGAAGGACCAGCAACGGCUGGUCAGUGGAUACUGUUCUUGGUGCAUGGAGCUUUCUACCUGGCAAUGGGUGCGUGGCAUGUGGUCGAUCGCUUCUUUGUACCUCCCAUUAAUAUGCCUGACCUCUGGGUUGUUGCCAAUGUCGGGCUGGGUGCAGUAGGAUUUGCGCUCUGCUACUUCUGGUGUACAUGGAAGCUUUUGGUUGAUGCGGAUUUAAUACCAAAAUCGUGGUACAACACUAAGGCAAAAGUCAAGAAGGGCUGAAAUUGUAACAAAAUAGCUGCAUUUGGACUCAUUUGGACGGCGUUGUUCACUUCAUUAUAUUUCAUUUUUCUUGAAUUUAUUCCACUAUACCCAGCAUGAAUCAGAAUCAAGUCUGGCGAGGACUGUGGCGUCGCAGAAAUGAGUCGGGCAGAUUUGAAAUGGAUGGAUCAAGCCUACAUCAAUGGCUACUGUCUGUGCGACGAAUAGUUCCUGGGGUUUUAAGGGGGAUCUAGAGCGUUUGGGAAAAUCACGUCUCGAGUAACGCUGAUGUGCGUCAGCUUGCAGAUAGUACAUGGUGCAGGUCGCCAGUGCUUCACAGCUGACAAUCAGCGCCUUGGGAGCGAGUUCGGAUUGCUGCAACUCACAUAUUGCUUACAACCAUGCUUUUCUACAUAUGCAGUGUCUGAUGUGUUUUCGAUCAGACAAUCAACCCAUCUGCCAGGCACAAACCUGGAGAACUGUCUGUAAAGUGUGGCCUGAUGUCCUAGUCAGCUUCUAGGGCAGUUAGGCAUCUGCAAUAAAAGAAAGAGAUCAUGCCUAUUUUGUCCUCUGAUCAUAGAUUGGACGACGUUAAAUUGGGCCCGGCCCGUAGCCGCCAACACAUACACGGCGCCGAUUCGGCCUGUCGGCAACGGUACAGCUCGGCUGGGCUUACUCAGUUCGGGCAUCUGGGCGGCGUCAUGAUGAAUGCCAACAGCCACCUGUCCUGUC